UCAUAUUGACCCACUGGGGUUUCAGAUUCACUUGAACCCUGCCUGAACCUGAAUCUUAUGCCUUAAGAAAGUGGUGAAACAACCCUGAGUUGCCCACCCCAAACGCAGUUCUAUCGCAACUACUUUCAUUUAUGGAAGCUGAUACCAAACCAAAGAAACCUGGAGCUCGACUCUGUUGCGUUUGCAACCAGCGAAGGGCUGCCCUCAAAAGACCUAAAACCCUAGAGCAGAUAUGCAGAGAGUGUUUUUACGCGGUGUUCGAAGAGGAGAUUCACCAGGUUAUUUUAGAGAAUAAGCUGUUCAAGCCUGGUGAGCGUAUUGCUAUCGGUGCCUCUGGAGGGAAAGAUUCCACAGUCCUUGCUUACGUGCUAUCAGAAAUGAAUCGACGACAUAACUAUGGCCUUGAUCUUUUCCUUUUAUCUAUUGACGAGGGGAUAACAGGGUACAGAGAUGACUCACUUGAAACUGUAAAAAGAAAUGAACUUCAGUAUGGGCUGCCACUAAAAAUUGUUUCCUACAAGGAUUUGUAUGGGUGGACCAUGGAUGAAAUAGUAAAGAUGAUUGGCUUAAAAAAUAACUGUACGUUUUGUGGUGUUUUCCGUCGUCAGGCCCUUGACCGAGGUGCUGCAUUGCUGAAAGUCGACAAGGUUGCUACUGGACAUAAUGCAGAUGAUAUUGCUGAAACUGUCCUUUUGAACAUAUUACGAGGUGAUAUUGCAAGGCUGAGUAGAUGCACUUCAAUUAUUACUGGUGAAGAUGGACCUAUUCCAAGAUGCAAACCUUUUAAAUACACCUAUGAGAAGGAGAUUGUGAUGUAUGCUUAUUUCAGGAAGCUGGACUACUUCUCGACUGAAUGCAUUUAUUCUCCAAAUGCAUAUCGUGGUUUUGCUCGUGAAUUCAUAAAGGAUUUGGAGAGAAUCAGGCCCAGGGCUAUACAUGACAUCAUCAAAUCGGGGGAGGAUUUUCGAAUUGCCACAUCCACCAAAAUGCCUGAGCAGGGAACCUGUGAACGAUGUGGUUAUAUUUCCAGCCAGAAAUGGUGUAAAGCUUGUGUCUUGCUGGAGGGGCUGAAUCGAGGUUUACCGAAGCUCGGCAUCGGUCGUAAUCAAGGCCUAAACAAGGAUGCCAAGAAAGACAUUAAAAAAGAUGGCAGAACAAAAAGUAUCGAGAGCAAGCAAUGUGGAAGUUUGGAUUUCUGAUGCAGUGUGUAGCCAUUCAUCCAUGUCACUAGUUUAUUGUUUGUUUAUGGAAUUAUCAAAACUGUUGUCAGAUUGGCCUCUCAAGUUCUCAAAAACAAAGCAGUUCAUUGCACACUAGCAAGUGCUAGAAGGAAAGCAUGGUUGUGUUGAAUCAUUUUUGGAUGAAGGACAAAGGAUAAUAAGAACAAAGCAUCUCUAGUUGGCUUGCGAGCCCUGCUCUCAUUGCUUUUGGGAAUUUAUGGAAGAGUUGUGUUUGAAUCAUUUUUUGUAAACUUUCUGUAACAUCCUCAAUACCGGGUUAGUGA